AUGUAUAGAAGUUUGGGUAAUUCUUAUUAAGCCAUGAAUAUUAUUCAUGAAGAAAAUGGAAAUUAACUAUGGUUGGGUGAUUAUACAGCUGCUUAAGACAAACCAACUUUAGAUAAAAAGGGAAUAAGAACUGUGUUAACUGUUGCAUGUUAACUUAAUAUCAAAUAUAAUGAUUAGAAUAUGAAUCAUAAAGUAAACUAUAUAUAAAAUUAUAGACAUAUUCAAUUCUUGAUUCAGAAUAAGCAAAUAUAGCAUAGUUUUUUGAUGACUCUUUUUAUCAUAUAAAAAAUGGAUUGAAAUCUGGAUCAGUUCUUGUACAUUGUGCUGCUGGAGUUUCUAGAUCAGCAUCCAUUGUUAUAGCUUAUUUGAUGAGAAAUAAAGGAUGGACAUAUAGUGAAGCAUUCUCUCAUGUUAAGAGUAAAAGAUUUGUCAUUUGUCCAAAUAGUGGUUUUUAACGAUAAUUGAAACAAUUUGAAAAACAAUUAAGAUAACCAAAAGAAAAUGAAAAAUAAUCUAAUUAAAAAGAAUAAGAAGAUAAUUAAGCUAAUUAAGUUAAUCAUAUUGAAAAACAAGUAGAAAAUGUACUUGAAAUUAAAAAAUCUGAACCAUAAGUAAAAAUUGGAAAUUAAAUUAAAUAAGAGACUAUUAUUCAAAAUGAAUUAAGAUAAACUAUUAGAAAUAAUGAUUUACUUGGAAAUAAUUAAAAAUAAGAAACUAAAACUAAUUUUCUUCCAUAAAAUAUAAAUAAUAAUAGAAAUUGUAUGCUUACUUCUAAAUUUAAUAAUACAAGAACAAAUAUCUAAUAAAAUAAAAUUAAUUUAUCAACAAUGUAAACCUCUUAUAAUUCUUCUUAUGCUGGACCUUAAAUUGUUACACAUGCCUAAAAUAAGUUAUUUGAAAAGUAAACUUUAUCAAUAUUACCUGGCAUUUCUGCUAAGUCUAACUUAAUUAAUUAUACCAUGAAUAAUAGAAGAAAUUAAUGA